UUGGGUCAUAGUGGUAGUGCGGCUUGGCUAAUUAUAACAUUAUCUCCUCCUUUAAUACCAUGUCUUUUUCAGCCCUUCCUUGACAUUUUUGAUGACUUUAAGGAACCAGGCUUAUUCGGAAUUUUAUUGACUUCAUAUUCUGACUCUCCUUUUACAAUUGUAGUUGGUGGUGGGCAUUUGCCGUCUGGAUACAUUAUUGGCAGUGAAGAGUUUAAAUAG